AUGAUUCCUGCUGCGUCUCGGAAACCGCAUCGGAAAUCUCGCAAUGGCUGCGGCCACUGCAAACGCCGCAAGAUCAAGUGCGACGAGACGAAGCCCCAUUGCCGGAACUGCAUCAAGCACUCGAUAACAUGCGACUUUCCCGAGAUCAUGGCCCGCAAAGCGGCUGCCUCGUCGCAAAGCCCCCAGGGCUACUUUGGCUCCGGUGCCUCGUCCGUCAACCCAAAUGCCACCACUCCCUCCUCGGCACCGAGCCCGCACACGGUACCGUUACUGGAGGAUGAAGGCCAUAUGGGAUUGAACAUGGUUGACCUGGAGCUGCUGCACAACUUUGUCACCUCGACCGCCUUCACCAUUUCGCAGACGGCGGAACUCCGCAGUGUCUGGCGCGUCGAAGUGCCGCGUCUGGCAUUCCAGCACGAUUUCGUCAUGCGGGCCAUUCUGGCCGUGUCGGCAGCCCACAUGGCCCACUGGAAACCCGACAAAGCCGACUUCUACAUCUCGCGUGCCGUCUCGCACCACAAGAUCGGCCUGCGCGGCCCCACCAGCAUCCUUCCCCACGUUACACAAGAGAACUGCUCAGCCCUAUACAUCUUCAGCGCCCUGACCGCCAUCCUCAGCCUCGCCUUGCCCCGCAAACCCGAUGACAUCCCCUUCGUCAGCAGCGAGGGCGUCGCCGAGUGGCUCUUCCUGCUCCGCGGCAUCGCCAGCAUCGUCUUCAGCUCGAGCGAGUGGAUCCUCAACGGCAGCAUCGGGCCCUUCCUACAUCGCGUCAAGGUCCCGGCCUUCGACCCGGCCCUGCUGCAGAGCGGCACCGUGCCAGCGCGCGUCACGGCCGAGCCGCUGCCCACCAGCGAGCCCGCCCGCCCGCCCGAGGAGGACCAACUGAUGGAGCUGCGCCGCUUCAUCGAGCGCGACGUCGCCAACCCGGAGCAGGCCCAACUCUACCUCUCCGCCCUGGACGACCUGAUCAAGUCGUACACGUACAUCUUCAACCUCGGCCCCAACGAGUGCCACCUCCGCAGCAUCUUCUCGUGGCCGUGCAUGGUGUCCAACGAGUACCUCAAGCUCCUGUCCCAGCACGAUCCCCACGCCCUCGUCGUCUUCUCCUACUACAGCAUCCUGCUGCAUCGCCUCGACAGCUUCUGGUGGAUCAAGGGCUGGGGCACGCAUCUGAUCUCGCGCAUAUAUCAUCUCCUCCCUCCCGUCUACAGGCAGUGGGUGCGCUGGCCCAUCGAGGAGAUUGGCUGGGUGCCGAGAUGA